ACGUAUUUUCAAUGUUCAAUUUUCAAUAUCGUAUCUGAAGAGAGACUGGACCCUUUCGCCUCAUUCAGGUGGAUCCGUGGAAUAAGGUUCGUCAAUGAGAACGCAAGAGAGAUCCGAAUGUCCUGGACCCAGAUCCGAAGGAUGGGAAGAGGUGUAAUGACAUCGUUUACUUUGAUUAAACGGUCGAUGUCGAAAAAAUUACCAGCAAGUCUUCUAAUCGAAACUAUUAGGAAUAGGAAUUGGGAAAAUCUCGAUCGAGAUAUCGCUGAACGAGCCAAAAUCGUAGACACUAUUUUAAAAUACACGGAAAUCACUAACGAUCACAUGACACCUGAUUUAAAGCUUUUUCUUCUAACACCAAGAUGUUCUCUCUAUCACGAUCCAUUUGAUAAAGUAAAAAAGGAAUUCGAUCAAGUGGAAAAACAAACUUUUACCAAUCCAUUUUGGUCUAUAUACUGGCCGGGUGGACAGGGCCUGGUUAAGUUCAUAUUCCAAAAACAAAGAGAUAUAUUCAUACGUUCUAAGGAUAUUAAAGUUUUGGAUCUUGGAAGUGGUUGCGGUGCUACGGCUAUAGCAACGAAACUUCUUGGUAUUCGUAAUGUUGUGGCAAAUGACAUUGAUAAAGUUGCCUGUAUAGCCACUCUCAUGAAUGCUACAUUAAACGACGUGGAUGUUCAAGUAUCGUGGAAAAAUCUAUUGAAUGAACCACUUAAAGAGACGUACGACGUUAUUUUUAUCGGAGAUCUACUUUACGAAGAAGAAUUGGCCGAAACUUUAAUUCCGUGGCUGUUGGAUGCAUCCAAGAAAGGAACACGAAUAUUUCUUGGCGAUCCUGGAAGGCACGGCCUUACAAGUAACUUAAAGAAAUAUCUUAAACUUUUAUGCCGAUAUAAAUUGCCGGAAAACACACGGAAGGAAAAUAAUGGUUAUCAUGAAGUUUGCGUGUGGCAAUUCGUUAAGUAGCUCCUUAAAUAGUAAAUAAUUACGUAAAAGUAUGUUUAACUUUAAACUUACCUGUUUUGCAAGAAAAGAUUCCAAACUUCCAUGCUGAGCUAUCGAUCCUGUGCGAAGAGAAGUAAUGUUCGAUAGUUUUAUUCUGCACUCGUAUCUCGAUCGAUCUGAAAAUAUAUGUAACAAAAGUGUGUGCAGA